UGUGGUGAAUGGUUCACUCGUCGAUCAGUGACGCGAGUGUUAUUCUCUGUUUCGUACGCACGUAUCAGACCCGAUCUCUCGUCCCGAUCAUCUUUGGAGCAUUUUGACUCAGUGAACGAAUCGAGCCAUGUCAGCAAGAAAGACAGCUGGUCGUCGUGGCACGACAAAAAAGAGGGCACAGCGUGCAACGUCCAAUGUAUUCGCUAUGUUCGAUCAGGCACAGAUUGCCGAGUUCAAGGAGGCUUUCAAUAUGAUCGAUCAUAAUCACGAUGGAUUCAUCGAUAAGGAGGACCUCCACGACAUGCUCGCAUCUCUAGGCAAAAAUCCCACUGAUGAGUAUCUCGAGGGCAUGAUGAAUGAGGCCCCAGGUCCAAUCAACUUCACUAUGUUCUUGACUCUCUUUGGUGAACGUUUGCAGGGCACUGACCCUGAAGAUGUCAUCAAGAAUGCAUUCGGGUGUUUUGAUGAAGAAAAUAAUGGGCAUAUCAAUGAGGAGCGGUUGAGGGAACUGCUCACUACGAUGGGAGAUAGAUUCACGGAUGACGACGUCGACGAGAUGUACCGUGAGGCCCCCAUAAAAGGCUCAAUGUUCGAUUAUCUGGAGUUCACCAGAAUCCUGAAGCACGGAGCCAAGGACAAGGAUGAACAGUGAAACAAACCCAGCAUUUAAUCCUCCCAAUGCUUUCACUUUUCCUUGUAGUUCUCGAAGGCAUUGGGGAGCCUCCAGGUCGUUAUCUGCAUCGAGGAAAUCACUCGCUAAAUUAAGGGAUCUGGCAUUUACAUUCGUACGUAUACACGCGAUAUCGGGACUCAUAAAUUCAAUUCGUUCUCUGCGUUACUUAAUCCUCGAUGUCAGUAUUGCAUUUCUCUCGAAUAUCUGAUUUUUUCCGGGCAUUUUUUUCGUUCGAAAUUGUCGAGUAAACAGUGUUCAGAGUAAAUUUACACGAAAAAAUUCGUCAUGGGGAAUUGAGUAAGCGUAUGGACACUUGUAAAAUAUAUUAUAUAUGUUGAUUAUCUGUCGUAGAAUCGGCAUUUGUAUUUUAAUAUAAUGCAUACUAAAAAUUAGAAA